CUGAAACAAUCUCACUGCCUUCUUUUGUUUUUGAUCCAGAAAAGGGCAAGUGUCCGUGCUUCCGCCAUAUGUCUUUUUGGGAAAAUGGUGAAACGGGCUAAGAAAAAUAACAAACAUGCCAUGAGGCAUCAGGUACUAGAAAGCUUGGUUCCAUUACUUCUGCAUCUCCAAGAGGAGGACCCUGACAUCCACAAGGAAUGUAGUUAUGCCUUAAAUGAAUGCUUUCAGUUCCUGGGAUGGAAACUACCAAAGCAGGUUGUCAGCUGGAAAGCUUGGCCUGAGCAGGAAGAAGUUAUGGAUGAAAUCUGCCAGUACCUUUUUCCAGGUGCAGAAGCAAGAGGCAAAUCUCCAGAGAUUCUUGUACCAGGACCUUUACUACACUCAGAGUGAGCUUCUUCCGAUAAAAAGGGCUUCCAUCGUGUUCCUUGGUUUUCUAGUACAGCAUAUGGACAGCAAGGCAGGAAGUACAGACUUGGAAAUGAUCAUUCAUGCUCUUGAAGGCUUUAUGCACGACCCAGAUGCUUCUGUGUGCAUAGCUGCAGCACAUGCCCACGAGCGCGUUUCUUCUGUUAUCUCCAAUCAGAAGGAGAGGCUUGAAGGCAACAGCAUAGCAGAAUCCGGCGACAGUGCUGCUGAAAAUACUCUAAGGUGUUCCAGAGCCCUGAAUAGUAUCCGUCACACCCCUUCCAGACUUCUUGCUGUUAUAAACCUCUGGAGAUCGGCCAAUGGAAAUUAAUAUUGGACUGGAAGAGGAGAAAGGAUCUUGGUGUAUAGCUCUUCCUAACAGCAACAACAAAAAGGCUGUGAAUAUCACUCUUCCUAUACUGAACCUCAGCAAGAACAUUAUAAAGGACCAUAAAAGGAAUUGAUAAUUUACCAGCUACCUGGAUAAUAAAGAACAUCAAUUCCCUACAGAA